GUGUUAAAGUGAUUUGUUACCCAGUCACAAGAGGGCUCGGUCAGUAAACCGGCUGGAAUCCCCGUCUUUUUCUCGCACAGGUUCAGCUCGGUUGGUGUGUUCAUCAGCACUCCAGGCCUGGUCCUUCACCCUGAUGAGAUAUUAACUCACCACAAUAUCCCAAUGGCUCAGCCCAAACCACUCUUCAUCCCCUGGUUAAAGGAGCAGAUCGAUAGUGGACGAUACCCUGGCGUUCAGUGGGUCAACCAGGAAGGCACCAAAUUCAGCAUUCCUUGGAAGCACGCUUUGCGGCAGGACUCGAACAGUGAUGACAUCCUUAUAUUCAAGGCAUGGGCACAGACGAGUGCUGGCACCAGCGGCCAGAUUUCAGGCGACCAUUCCGUGUGGAAAAGAAACUUCCGAAGUGCUCUCAGAGUCAAAGGCUUCAAGAUAGUGGACGAUAACAAGAACGAUGCUGCGAACCCGCACAAAAUCUUCAUGUGGCCAGAAAACGCACAGUCUGGGGCAUCUACUGAAGGUUCACCAAUUUGCAAUACUACAAUUUCCCUCGUGGAUACUAUGUACCUGGAUGAGGACUUGUUGUUGGCAGGUGGAAUUACACAGCCUGACGUGUUGGACCAGUGCCUCAUGAAGCUGAACAUCGUUGAACCUCAACCAGAGAUACCUGUGGAUCAGCCACUGUUCGUAAUCGAACCGGUGAACCAGCCCUUGAUUGGUGACGCUCGGUUUCCCGUUCAGGAGACUUCUCCGGCUCAUGCCACAGGCCAGGUUUCUCCUGCUGAAGGCACGUUGGCGCAUGGCCAAUACUCUCCACUAGAGGGCGCAUUCAUGCUCCCACACCAGCAGGAAUUGCCUGUUCAGGCCACUUCUAAUGACACAGGCAACCAGUUUGGGACCCAUUUCUUGGUGAAUGUUUAUUACAGAGGGAAGCUGGUGUUAAAUCAAGUGGUAGAGAAUGAGUCUGGGUUCUAUUUAAUGUUUAGGCAAGACCCUAGCCUAAGAUCAAACCUUUCUGUUGUGGAGCUCCCUGGGACUGAGUCUAUCCUGGACCAAAAUCAGGUCUUGUCAACCCAGGAAAUAUUAAAAAAUCUGGGUGGGUUGGAGGUGAGACGAGAGGGCAACAUGCUGUUGGGUUAUCGUUGGGGAGACAGUCGUGUUUACUGGGGACUAGACAAACACGAGAAAAGGACUACAUCCAGAGCACUAUCCAAAAACGUGCCUGAGCGCAUCUAUAGCAUUAAAGACUUUGUGUCUGGCUUGGUGGGGUUUAUUCAGGACCGUGGACUGUCUCCUUCCUGUACGCUCUAUUUCUUCCUGGGACAGCAGUGGCCCGACCCCAAGAACAAACCAUGGGAGAAGAAAUUGAUCAUGGUAGAGGUCAUACUCACAACUCUGGAGAGGCUGAAGGAGAUGGCCUUGGCAAAUGGUGCAACCUCACUGCAGUCAUCGGUGGACCUGCAGAUUUCCUUAGAGCAGAUGAUGGAAAUGUGUUAGAGAUGUGUUUCCAGAACACAUAGUAAUACAUAUUUAUAUUGGGGUGUAUCGGUACACAAAAUUCACCACGGUUCGGUACAUACCUCGGUUCAUAGUUCGGUUCGGAAAUGCAAAACAUAAAAUUGCUUGUUAAAAUGCCUGCUUGGUUCCAUAAUAUGUAAAAUAAUAUUUAAAUAUAUUUUAGAAAAAUGGAAUAAAUCAAAUGAAUGCAGUAAACUUUAUUAUACUAAUUAAAUUGAUUCAUUAAUUAAAUUUAAAAUUGAUUAAAUACAAUUAAAUAUAUUGAAAAAAUGAAAUUAAAUUGUUGACAUUUGUUUGACCCCAUUUGGAUAAUGUGUGAAAUUGUCAGAUUUUUCUUCUUUUAGGAGAAAAAUGCUAAAGAAUCAAUAGCGCUAGCCACUAACUAGGAAGUGUCUCAUGGCUAAUGCUAGCGCUAUGGAUUCUUUUUUUAACUUGUAUGUAAGUUGUGUCCUGCAUAUAACUAUGUAUGUAUCAAAUAAAAAAAUCUCGAAUCUUGAACUACUUUCUGUUUAGCGGCUAACGCUAGCGCUACUGAUUCUUUAGCAUUUUAAUGUAUUCGCAAAACAAAUAGUAUUUCUGGUACAGAGUAAGUAGUCACAGUGACACGACACUAACUAUAGUUUCUCUUAUUUUUAUACCCUUGGCCAUUUGAAGUUUAAAAAAAACAAACAAAAAAAAACAAAAAACUUAAAAUGCGAGGCGGAGACUAAACAAACUUUCGGUCUGCAACUUAAUACAUUCCUAAAGAAACUUGAAGGAUUGAGCCGAAAGCCCUGUACAACUAAAAUGUUGGAAUAUGUGUACCGUUACACCCCUAAUUAUAUAUAUAUAUAUAUAUAUAUAUCAGCAAAAAAAUAAGUGUAAUGACUAAACAUUUGUUUUACUGAUGUGUCAAGUUUCAAAUCAAGCACAAAAAACUGACAUCCGGCAACUAAAACCAUCCGUGUGGAAACAGCAAAAUUUCAGUUUGAAUUACAUAAUGUAAAACAUUUAAAGGAGUAUUUUUACGAGGUGCCCUGUCAUCUGAAAAAGUAAACAGGAAUGUUUAAAUUGCUCAGUGCAAAGAAAGAGAAAUAAUUGGGAACCUGGUAUUUCUAUGUAAAAUUCUUUUUUUUUUGUGUCUAAUAGACAUUAAUGGAUUCUUUAAAAAACAUCUAUGACCUUUGAAACAUGUCUACUUUUCAUUCUCUAUAUUUGCUCAUGCCUAUGUUGAUUAGAAUAUAAAACAUAAAAAAAGAUUUAUUUAAGAUACAUUUAGAACAGAUAAAAAUGUGCGAUAAAGUUGCGAUCCUGAUUAAUAUUUGAAUCAAUUGACAGCCUUGACAGCACUGGAGCACUGUUUUCUUUUGCUAGCAGGGGUAACAGGAGUGGUCUGUACAAAAAUACUAACUAGCUCAACAGCGUAACUUUUAAUAUUUUGAUUUAACGAUGGGAAUAAAAUGCAUGCUGCUGCAUUAAUAGGAUUAAUAUUUGUCAUCAUAGUGUGAAAUACGGGUGAAAACUGUGAGCUAUUUGUAAAAAAAAGUGAUGCAGCUUGAAGAAAUCCAUGCUGUAUGAUAUUAAGUCACAUGCUCUGGAUUUUUUUUAUUUGAAAGAUUUGUGGUUGGAAAUUGGUGGAAAGUUUUGUCCUACAAUCUAAGAGGUAUAGCAUUUAUAGUGGUUUUAUCUCUACCAAGUCGGUAGGGUUAAUCACUGAUCAAAUUAUUAUUAUUAUUUUUUAAAUCUUUACAAAAUAAUGCAUUGGGGUAAUGCUAAUAGCAGAAAGUGUUUUUUUGCUGCUGCGAACUAAAAGCCAGUAAUAAUGCACUCCUUCUACAAUGCCUUUAUCUUAAUGUGUUAUUAUAUUAAGGAAUGAACUUGCUAUCCAAGUAGAACAACACAAAGCAGGCUAUGUGUGUCUCAAUGUACAACUUAAUCUAAAAACACUGUGGGAUGCAUUGAGAAUGAUCAUCUGUGUACAAUUGGUGGGCGAGAAAUUGGAAAUUCAGAGCAUUUCUUUUUUUUGUUCAGGAAGAUAGAGAGAAAAAGUGUAGGUGUGUAAAAAGUGUAAAGAUCAGCUAUUUUCCUCUCCCUCAAUGGAACCCCGAAGUCCUGACUACCACAUGAUGUUAACCAAUUACUGCUAAUCACUUGUGCUAGUUGUUGUAGUGAUGCAUGUCGUCCACAUGAGGCUGCUGUUUCUCAAAAGUAGGCGAUCCACCAAGUCUUUAUCCAGUUAACGCUGUAUGUUAAGGAUGUGAGUCUCCAUAACUAAGACGAUGCAUUGAAGAUACAUAGCAGCUGCGAUGCAAUAUAAUUCACCCCUAUUACACUACGAUUUAAUUGAAAAAGUAUGAUGCUAUGCAAUUCAAUAUGGUACAGAUACUUUGCAUUUAUUUCUUUGCUUCAGACAGACAGCAAAUCAAUUUAUUUUAGUGCCUUCUAACUUCUAACACAUGGCCCUUCCACAAACAAAACCCCUUUAUUUACGGAAUGUUAAAAAUUAUGCAUCGCCAUACAAAUGCCAACUUGGCCUAAAUCACAUCAUUUAGUUAACUUUUUGGCUAAUGCACCAAUGCGAAUCGCUGAAUUUUACCAUCCCUACUGUCGAUUGUUGUCAUAUUGGGUCUUUCGUUUACAUUAUGCCAUGGGCUACAUUUCCCUAUCAGCCCCUGCAUGUCACAUGACUGAGUCACAUGUCAGCGAUCGCCAACAUAUAUUUCUUGUAAUUAGCUCUUGUAUAUAAAUACUUACAGUUGACUGCAUUAUUUCAUUAGUUGUCCCAUGAUUUAAAAAUUGUAUUGCUUCUUGUUCGGGCUGCGUUUUCUUUUUUUUAUUGUUUAGUAUCAUUUGAGGGUUUUUUCCGUCUUCUUUGUCCUUGUUUGUAUAUUUGCACCCUGAUUAAAUGUAUCUGAACCUGCA